ACGCACAGGUGUCGGGGAUUACAGGUAUUAUUAGGUGGGAGUUCAUGUGUUUUGUUUUGUUUUUUCAAGCUUUUUCUCCCACAUGCGCACUUCAACAUCUUUUGUGUUCCUGCAUCACUUGUUUGUUUCCUCUUACCGCUACAGUCAUGCUUUUAUUUUGGAACGUGUUGAGUUAUUAUUAAAUGUGAAGCUGACCCAAUCAUCUUCUGAACAAUAUUGGCACCAUGUGUACAAGUAAAACAAGCUCCAUCCCUCUGGAAAAGACAAGCAAGAAGGAAAAAAGGGAAGACUAAUCUGGAUUUAUUGAGGAAAAAGGACAGAAGUAAAUAUUUGGUGGAUGUUAAGAAGUUGUUGUGACAAGAUCAGGACAUAUUUGAAGCAUCACUUCCAACAAGACAUCUCCGGGGUUCUCUGCCUUGAUGGUCACAUGAUCGCUGCAGGCCACAUGCCGGUGAUGGAGGAGCUUGUCACUGACACCAACAGCGUGCCAAAGCGCGUGGCUCUGAUCUGCUUCCUGUCCCUGGUGAUGCUGAUGAGCAUCCUGGGAAACCUGCUGGUCAUGGUGGCCGUCUGCAAGGACAGACAACUCAGGAAAAUCAAGACCAACUACUUCAUCGUGUCUCUGGCCUUCGCCGACUUGCUGGUGUCGGUCCUGGUGAUGCCGUUCGGCGCCAUGGACCUGGUCCACCAGCACUGGAUCUACGGCGAGACCUUCUGCCUGGUCCGCACCUCCCUGGACGUCCUGCUGACCACGGCCUCCAUCAUGCACCUGUGCUGCAUCGCCCUGGACAGGUAUUACGCCAUCUGCUGCAAGCCUCUGGUGUAUAGCAACAAGAUGACGCCCAUGCGAGUGGCGCUGAUGAUUGGCGGCUGCUGGGUCAUUCCCGCCUUCAUCUCCUUCCUGCCCAUCAUGCAAGGAUGGAACACCAUCGGCAUCGACCACGUGAUCGAGCAGAGGCGCCACAUGGAGGGCAGCAACUCCACGUCGUGCGUCUUCAUGGUCAACAAGCCGUACGCGCUCACGUGCUCCGUGGUGGCCUUCUACAUCCCCCUGGUGCUCAUGGUGCUGGCCUACCAGAGGAUCUACAUCACGGCGCGAGCGCACGCCCUGCAGAUUAGCAUACUGCAGCGGGCGGGGGGCGCCGGCUCGCCGGCUACCUCGGACUCGGCCGACCACCAGCGCAACCACCGCAUGCGCACGGAAACCAAAGCGGCAAAGACGCUGUGUAUCAUUAUGGGAUGUUUCUGCCUCUGCUGGGCGCCCUUCUUCAUCACCAACGUGGUGGACCCCUUCAUCGACUACACCGUGCCCGAGAAGCUGUGGGCCGCCUGCCUGUGGCUGGGCUACAUCAACUCCAUGCUCAACCCCAUCCUCUACGCCUUCCUCAACAAGUCCUUCCGGCGUGCCUUCCUCAUCAUCCUCUGCUGCGGCAGGAAGAGGUACCGCCGACCUUCCAUCCUGGGCUCCGGCGCUCCCUGCACCGCCACGCAGAUCAACGGGUCCACGCACGUCCUCAAGUAUUCUGUGCUCCUCAACGGGAACCAUGCGGCACAGAAGAAAACAAGACUGCACGCCGACGCCGAGUCCUGCUUGUGACUCCUGCUUGUGACUCCUGAUGAUGGCCACGCCCUCGCUCCGGCGACCACACCCCAUCCACAGACGCCAUGCACGCGUCUAGACAACAAACUUGACCACAGGACCGUCGGCCAGGGCGGGCCGAGGGGACCCCCGCCACCGGAUCGGGUUCCGAGCGCGGCACGCCGAGACGAGACGCGGCGGGUCGGCGGCGCCUGCCAUUCUUUUCAUGGAGGAGAUGAGAGAAUGUCGUUGAAGCCGUUUGGGAGGCGAGGACUCCGAGGAGAAGGUCCUCUUGGCGCCAGGGGAUGGACGCCAAAAAACUGGUCUGGGUCUCUUGGACUCAUCGUGUUCACAUCGAGAAGCUGCUCAGGAAUGUGUGUGUGUGUGUGUGUGUGUGUGUGUGUGUGUGUGUGUGUGUGUGUGUGUGUGUGUGUGUGUGUGUGUGUGUGUGUGUGUGUGUGUGUGUGUGUGUGUGUGUGUGUGUGCGAGCCACCAUUCCACGCUGCUCCCGCCUCCAGGCGUCACAUGACCCAUCAGCGUCCGCAUGAGGAAUGUAGAAGAGCUAGCUGGCUAACAUGUUUACAUCUGAUCAAUAACUUGUUAUCAAUCUUCCAGGACCUCGGCACAAGUCUCUCAUUGGAUGUUUUAUUGAUGAGUCGCCGCCUUCCACUGGCGACCAAUCACCACGCUCGUUAGCGAGUAAGGUGUACUCCCUCUGACUCCGCCCCUCCUUCAUCGAGCACAGGGGUGUCCAAACGUUCCCCCCCCCCGAGGGCCACACACUCAAACGUCUCAUCAUUUUCAUAUUUUUCAUUUUCAUAUUUUUCAUUUUCAUAUUUUACUUUUUUUUUUUUUUUUUUUUUUUGACAUUUCGGGCUCCCGUCGAGUUUGGUCCGGAAGGGUCUCUCAGUCAUAAAAAUGUAAAAAAAAUAACCAUCAUAGUUAUUUUAUUUUUUCAAUGCUUGAAUCUC